CCUUAGCGGGAGCACAGCCGUGUGGCGUCGUGAGAAGGACGGUUUGUUGUGUAUCGCUGGGGUGGGAGCAGAGUCUCUUUGCGGCCCGCGGACAGGCUGAGAAAAUGACAGGAAGAGCUAGAGCCAGAGCAAGAGGAAGACCUCCAGGACAGGAGACUGCUAUUCCUUCUGUAGGAGCUGCAUCUCUUCAACAGACUUUGUCAAGUCAGCCACCCCAUCAUCGGCAACCUCAGCAGCCCUGUGCUCCUCCAGCAGCAUCAGAAGAUCUUGGUGGCCGUGGGCGACAGAGGGGCCCCCAGGGUAUUCCACAAGGCCAGAAUGGGAGAAGGCCAGAAGGAUUACAGAUUUCUGCAGGAUUUCAGGAACUGUCUUUAGCAGAUAGGGGUGGACGUCGUAGAGAUUUCCAUGACCUUGGGGUAAAUACUCGGCAAGCCAUAGAACAUGUUCAAGAAUCAAAAACUGGUUCUUCAGGUACGAUGAUAAAAUUAACUACAAAUUACUUUCGAUUGACGUCUCGACCUCAGUGGGCUUUGUAUCAGUACCACGUUGGCUAUAGUCCCGAGAUGGAAGCACGUCGUCUUCGAUCAGCUUUGCUUUUUCAGCAUGAAGAGCUAAUUGGAAAGACACAUGCAUUUGAUGGAUCAAUACUAUUCUUGCCAAAAAAACUAGGGAAUAAGGUUACUGAGGUGUCUAGUAGGACUCGAAAUGGAGAGGAUGUGAAGAUAACAAUCACGCUAACUAAUGAGUUGCCACCUACUUCACCUACAUGUCUACAAUUUUACAACAUCAUUUUUAAAAGGCUCUUGAAGAUGUUGAAUUUGCAGCAGAUUGGACGUAAUUAUUACAACCCUGGUGACCCAAUCAGCAUCCCUAAUCACAGGUUGACAGUUUGGCCGGGCUUCACAAGUUCUAUCCUCCAGUAUGAGGAAAGCAUUAUGUUAUGUACAGAUGUGAGCCAUAAGGUUCUUCGCAGUGAAACAGCGUUGGAUUUUAUGUAUGGUCUAUAUUACCAGGUUGAAGAACAAAGAUUUAGAGAUACCUGUGCUAAAGAGCUAAUAGGUUUAAUUGUUCUUACAAAGUACAAUAACAGAACAUACAGAGUUGAUGACAUCGACUGGGAUGCCAACCCACAGUGUACCUUUAGAAAAGCGGAUGGUUCUGAGAUCAGCUACGUGGACUACUACAAAAGGCAAUAUAAUCAGGAAAUUACUGACUUGAACCAGCCAGUCUUGAUCAGUCAGUCUAAGAGGAAGAGAGGGAGCAUGAUGCCAGGACCUGUGGUUCUAAUUCCAGAGCUGUGCUUCCUAACAGGAUUAACUGAGAAGAUGCGUAAUGAUUUUAAUAUGAUGAAAGACUUGGCUAUUCAUACACGACUGCCACCUGAUCAGAGGCAACGUGAAAUUGGAAGACUUAUUGACUACAUCCGAAAAGAUGACAGUGUUCAGAAGGAACUCCGAAACUGGGGUUUAAGCUUUGAUUCUAAUUUAUUGUCCUUCUCGGGAAGAGUUGUUCAAGGAGAAAAGAUUCUUCAAUCAGGAAAUGUGUUUGAUUACAAUCCUCAGUUUGCUGAUUGGUCAAAAGAAACUAGGGGAGUUCCCUUAAUCUGUGCAAAGCCCCUGGACAACUGGUUAUUGAUAUACACACGGCGCAACUAUGAUAUUGCUAAUACAUUACUUCAAAAUCUGUUUAAAGUCACACCAUCUAUGGGAAUCAGAAUGAACAAGGCAACCAUGAUUGAAGUAGAUGAUAGAACAGAAGCUUAUUUAAGGGUUUUACAGCAAAGUGUUACCCCUGACACAAACAUAGUAGUUUGUGUUUUGUCUAGUUCCCGAAAGGAUAAAUAUGAUGCUAUCAAGAAAUACUUAUGUACAGAGUGUCCCAUUCCAAGUCAAUGUGUGAUUGCUCGCACUUUAAGCAAGCCACAGACUGCUUUGGCCAUAGCAACAAAAAUUGCCUUACAAAUGAACUGCAAAAUGGGUGGAGAACUUUGGAGUGUUGAGAUUCCACUGAAACAGGUAAUGAUUGUGGGAAUCGAUUGUUACCAUGACACUUUAUCUGGGAAGCAGUCAAUUGCAGGAUUUGUCGCUAGCCUGAAUCAAACAAUGACGCGGUGGUUCUCCCGCUGUGCUGUUCAAGGUCGUGGGCAAGAACUUGUGGAUGGGCUCAAAACCUGCUUGCAAACUGCUCUAAGAGACUGGUUCAAGUGGAAUAAGUAUUUGCCCUCUCGUAUUAUUGUGUAUCGUGAUGGUGUGGGAGAUGGACAACUAAAUACGUUGGUUAAUUAUGAAGUGCCUCAAUUUCUGGAUUGCUUGAAGAGCGUUGGGAAAGACUACAAUCCAAGACUUACUGUGAUAGUUGUGAAGAAACGAGUGAAUACCAGAUUCUUUGCACAGUGUGGAGCAGCACUUAAAAACCCACCCCCUGGUACUGUUGUUGAUGUGGAGGUUACCAGACCAGAGUGGUAUGAUUUCUUUAUUGUGAGUCAGGCGGUGAGAAACGGUUGUGUUGCACCCACUCAUUAUAACGUAAUUUAUGACACUAGCAAACUGAAACCUGAUCAUGUACAACGUUUAACCUACAAACUUUGCCACAUGUACUAUAACUGGUCGGGUGUUAUCAGAGUACCUGCUCCUUGCCAAUAUGCUCAUAAACUGGCUUUCCUUGUUGGCCAGAGUAUUCACAGGGAACCAAACCUGUUGCUUUCAGACAGACUUUACUAUCUUUGAAGUUGAGUUACCAGUUAAAAAAAAUAGUGUAGUUCCUUUCUAGGGAAUGUAGAACUGUCUGGAUUUUUGUUUUGGUUUUGUUUGUUUUUAAGACAUGCAUUGGAUAAUGAGUAUGUGCAGUUGUGGAAAUUUAAUUUCAUUGUUGCAGCAAAAAAUUUGAAAUAGCAGAUCUGCAUUUUGAAUAGGUCUCUGCUCGCUAUAGAAACUAAAUUUUUUAUUAUUUUUUAAUACUUAUUUACUAAAGUGUUUCUGGUAUUCUUCACAAGAGAUUAUCAGUUCUUAUUUUGUUUUGGGGAAGUCUUACACUGAAUUAUUUUUUGCAUACAAGAUAUAUAGUUGUGCAAACUUCUGCAGCUAGCAGAUUACACUUUCAUUUUUUAAAUUGCAAUUAUUAUUUCCUUGUUUUUCUUGUGUGUUAAAGUGAGGGUAGAAUUUUGUGUCCUAAACUAUUUAGUAUCUUAAAAAGAGGCUAUCAGGUGUUCUUGGUUAUCAAGGCUUUGUUUUAAGAUGGCGUAGUGCUGCAAAACCUAUGGAAGGGUUCUUAAUCCUUCUCUUGUAAAAGAUUUGCAGACCAGCCAGAAACUGUCUUGUGCUAUAGAAGCACCUUUAUCAUCUGAGGCUUUGGUAUUCUCUCCACAAAAAGUGAUGGCUUUGACUUGGCUUGCGUGCUGUUAUGGGGGCUGUGGGACUUACCAUGGAAUUUCCUAUUGGCAUGCUAUUUCUUAGUAGAUAGGAAGUUGCAAGACUACACAGUGUGAGUAAAACAUUGUUUUAGACAACUGCAAAUUCAUAACUGGAAUAAACUAAGUUUCUGGUUGACAUUGUUUAACUGCAUGCUUGUUAAAUAAGAAAAAUAAUUCCCAUCAAAGAAUAUCGGUGCACUGAUGGGUAAAAAGUAGUUUUACUACUCAUGUUUUUUUUUGGUUGUGCAGUUCCAAGUAGCAGGAAGUGCUUUGGCCUUGGUUUGUAUUGUACUUCCAAGAUUUUAACUGGUGACUAUUCAGCAGCAGUCACUUAAUUUGUAAAGCAAGUAGUGGUUGUGUUGAUGGAAGUCUGAUUUCACGUUUUUGCAUUACCAGGCGCAGAGUCAAACUAGUGCAAAUGGAAGAAUUUGGAUUAGUGCUGGUUUUUUACUUAACUUGUGAACCUUGUUCCUCUUCUUUGUGAGAUUUAAAUAAAGUUGUUGCUGUAA